GUGAACAGCAGCAGUUCUACAAAACAGCACGAGACUUUACACAGGUCAUUAUGAAGUGGCUGGUCUGGUUGAGCGCUCUCCUCUGUAUCUUCGCCUGCUACUUCAGCGAGGCCAGGAUUAUCGUCCCAGAAGGAGUUCCCUACGAUGAAGCUCCUGCUGUCCCCUACUGGCCCUACUCCACCUCAGACUUCUGGAACUAUGUGGAGUACUUCAAAUCCAUUGGCGCCUAUGACCGCAUCAAUGAGUUGGCCCGGGCCUUCUACGCCCACCAGCGCCUCGGGGACACCCUCGGAUAUGAGACCAACGAAGGACACGAGCACUAGGAAGCAAUGAGAUCUGUCAGGAAAGAGCGAG